AUGCAGGCUGUUCACGAACUGCUCACGCAGCGCCAGGCUUCAUUGAACAUGUAUGGAUUAAGCAUUAGGCAGAUCAUGACAUUGAUAGACGAAUGCCUGAAUUGCUCUAUUUUCCGAUGGUCGGGACAGUACUACCGACAACUUAGAGGCCUAGCUAUGGGACAAAGGCUGGCACCAACUCUCGCCAUUGUUUUCAUGGCCAAGACCGAAAAGCCUAUAAUAGACCGCAAACCACUACUGUACUAUCGUUACAUAGAUUAUUGCUGCGUCGUCUGCUCAACACAAGCAGAACUAGACACGUGCUUCAAUCUUCUCAAUCAGCAGUGUCCGCACAUUAAGUUCACAAAGGAGAGACUGAUAGACAGUUGCUCUGUGAUCAAACAGCCACAUCGGCGGCGAAGCCCCAUGAUCUAUGGAUUGGAGAAGUGGAAAGCGCCGCCAACGAUGAUAGAGAAGCUUGUCUGCAUGGAAGAAGCUAGGGCGUACCCCAGAAGCGACACGCAUUGUCCUCGCCCGGGCAUUGUGGCAAAUAUGCGAGGGCUACCGGCUAGAGGACGGAGCCGGCCAAAGAAGUUAAUCCUCCAUCGCCAGCAACAUCCAGUGCGCUUGGCAACACUUAACGUUGGGACGCUUACUGGAAGAAGUCGUGAACUGGCAGACAGUCUCAGAAAACGCCGUGUUGACAUAUGUUGUGUACAGGAGACUCGCUGGAAAGGCUCCAAGUCAAGGGAAUUAGGCGAUGGCUACAAGCUCAUCUACCACGGCACAUCAAAUCGCAAUGGCGUUGGUAUCAUAUUGAACGAGUCGUUUAGAAAUAGCGUCACAGCGGUGGAUCGACUAUUGGAUCGCUUGAUGAUUGUAAAAGUAGAUACAGGAGAAGUGGAAUCGCGAGUCGUAUCUGCUUAUGCGCCACAGAUGGGCUGUAGUGAAGAAGAGAAGAUGUGCUUUUGGGAAGAUCUGCUCGUUCAUCUGCUCGUUAUGGACUUGAAAAUCUCCCGUCCAAGGAAGAGACAUCCAAGAACUGAAACACAACGCAUCAAAUGGUGGAAUCUGAAGGAUCGGAAGGAGAUAUUUUUGCGUCCCUGGCUCCAUCUGCGCUUCCCCACCCUACUCGUAGUGUGGUCGUCUACUUCCAGCGUUAUAGGCUUGACCGCGGAGAACACUCUGGAAAAGACGACUCUAGGUCGUCUUUCCCAGAGUGUUCUCUAA